AUGGUGGCAUCCAGCGGAUGGGUUUCGGUGGUCACAGCAGCGACUGAAUCAGAGAGGGAAAAAAGUCAUUCACGGCGAGGGGUUAUCGUGUCCGUCACUGCAAUGACCACGAUGGGUCACAAUACCGAAUCUCAAAAUUAUUCGCAACCCUCGUCUUCGAGGUCAGCAACAUUGACGACGUCUCGGAGUGCUGUUAACUUCUUAACAGAUGGCAACGGUGGAAUGGUUGGCGGAAUCGCAGCAAUGGCGACGCACCAGAACCGCUCUUCUUUAACCAUGAAAGGCAGCAGUGACGGCCAUGGUCUGUCAUCGUUGGCAAUGGAACAACACCCCCUGAAUGUCUUGCUAGUAGCAGCAGUUCACGGUGGACUUUGGUGGUCGAUAGCGGCGGCUGAAAGAGACGGAAGCAUAAGGUGGCGGUUGGGAGGAAUAUUAGGGUUAGGGUUACAUGGGGUGUUGUGGCUAUGA